UUCUGUUUAUGCGCUGCAUGCGUUCGGUGAUCAGUUUGUUUCAUAAUUUUCACCUAAAAUGGCUCGACAAUUAACGAAACUUGGCUAUCUGGAUGUGAAAAAAACAUUGUUCAUGCUAUGUGAUCUGCAAGAUAAAUUCCGCCCUGGAAUGAAGAUGUUUGAUCCAGUGAUCCAAAACACCGGCAAAUUGCUGCAAGCGGGCAAGAUUCUGGACGUACCGCUAAUUGUUACGGAGCACUAUCCCGAAAAGCUAGGACGCAUUGUGAAGGAGUUGGACAUUUCGCACGCAAAAGGUGUGUACCCCAAAACGCUGUUUAGCAUGAUGAUACCGGAGGUGCAGCGCAAAAUAGACGAGCUGUAUGGACCGCAAGGCCCGGAGACUGUGGUACUGUUCGGACUGGAAUCACACAUCUGUCUCGAGCAGACGGCAAUGGAUUUACUCAACAAGGGCUACACGGUGCAUGUUGCCGCUGACUGUUCAGUAUCGCGCACCCAGGAGGACCGCAAGUUUGCUCUUGAACGUCUCAAACAGUACGGGUGCUUUGUGUCGACGAGUGAAAACAUUAUCUUCAAGUUGAUGCGUGAUAAGCAACAUCCCGCGUUCGAUAAAGUUCGCCAUUUAGUGCGUGACCCGUCUGUGGAUACGGAACUCGCUAAAUUGUAAUAUGACAUUCGGAACAAGAUAAAGGACAACAGGGUUUUCAUGUGAAUGGGAACAUGAAAAUAGAGUUAUAAAUUCAAUAUCAUUUGUUUGGGAAGAAUGGAUGCAUUUAAAAAUGGUACCUCCUGUAUACGUGUACCUGCAAACUAUAAGUAAAGGGUAUUAAAAAACAGACUGUCGUCUUG